AUUGAUAUUUCGGUGAUUGCACUGUUUGUAAAAUCAGUCUAUUGCUAAAAUGGCUGAGGAAUUAGCAAAUGACUAUUCCGGCUAUUUUAAAGCGUCUAAUUUGGACCAGGAGCUUAAACCCAUCACGGUAGGCAUUGAUCGAAUGAUGCUGCGAUUGGAAGAGUUUGAAAACCUACUGGAGCUCGUGAAGGCAGAAUCGGCCUUGGCAUUGACCCAGAAUGUACCACAAAUGCUGGCGCUUCAGCCGGAACUAAACAGCCUUUGUGAUCGUAUUGAUAAACUAGAACAGUUCGUUGGGCUCGUCGGCCGGAACCUGGAUGCGGUAGAGAAGCAGGUCCAGAUCGCCGAAGAGGAAUUGGACAUACCGGACAAAACGAUAAACGUGCUGUUGAAAUCGCUCAAUAUUUUCGGCAAGCCAAAGCAAACGGAAAAGCUAACGAAUCGUAAUGCCAAUGGGGUAUAUGAGCCGGUGCCGGUGUUCAAAACGGAACAAUUCUUUCGACCCAACGGCCCAGAAAAAGAAGAUAAGUUCAGCAAAGAAGAGACGCCCUCUUGUGAAGACUGUGAUACUGGAACACCAGAAAUAUAAGAAUUAACGCAAUGCAUUCUGCUAAAUAUACGCUCCG